CAUGAAUAUAUAUUAUUUAAUUCAGCCACGGCUAAUGUAUAGAAACUUGGUAAUAUAAAUACAACAUGUUGCUGGCUAAAUUUAGGUUAAAACCAUCAUCUUUUAAAAACCUUUGGGCUUUGAUCUUCAGUAAUAUUUUCUCUUGAUACAAUUCUCCAUUUAUAGUGAGUAUUACAAUAUAAUUAAAGAGAUUAUAAAAGUGAAGGUAAUGAAGAAAAGGCAAGAAGUGAUGAUUACAAAGAAAGGAUCUCAUAACAAUAAUAAGAGGAGCGCACGAAAAUCGCAGGCCGUUGUUCGAUACGUUGAAUGCCAGAGGAACCACGCAGCUUAUAUCAGAGGACACGCAGUGGACGGUUGUCGGGAGUUCAUAGCCGCCGCAGUUGGCGGCAAAGACCUGACGAACGUGGAGGCUGAGCUCAGCUGCGCCGCCUGUGGCUGCCACCGGAAUUUCCACCGGAGGGAAGUGGUGGAGAUCACCAGUGAGGUGGUUCCGGAUAGCUAUUCAUCUCCCUCAAAUAAUUCAACUUUGUAUUAAAAAAAAGAAUUGGAGUAUGAUUAAUUGGAAUUUUGUUUAUGAGAUUAAUUAUUUAAUUUGUAAAGUCAUCGUUUUAGAGUUGGCUCGACAAAAGUCCGAGUUCGAGUUUUUUUAACUCGAGGCUUUUGACAUGUUGGAGCACAUUUUUAAUUGUUCAUCAUCCCGUGAUUGCGUUUGUAAGUGUUUUAAUUUUAAAUUGUAUUAUUUAUUUUA